AUGGUGCAGCGCGGCCCGCGGGGCCGGGGCGCGGAGGCUCGGCGGGAGCCCUGCGCCCCGCUGCCCGCCCGUGACACCGAGCCCGCCUGGUGCAAGACGCCGAGCGGGCACAUCAAGCGCCCCAUGAACGCCUUCAUGGUGUGGUCCCAGCACGAGCGCCGCAAGAUCAUGGACCAGUGGCCCGACAUGCACAACGCCGAGAUCUCCAAGCGCCUGGGCCGGCGCUGGCAGCUCCUCCACGAUUCCGAGAAGAUCCCCUUUGUCAGGGAGGCCGAGCGCCUGCGCCUCAAGCACAUGGCUGACUACCCCGACUACAAGUACCGGCCUCGGAAAAAGGGCAAGGUGGGCACCGGAGCAGCCCGCCCGCGGCUCCCAGUGAAGAUCAAGCCCUCCGUGUUGGGCCGUGUCUCUGCCAGCCGCAGGCAGCCCGCCAAGCUGCCCACCGGCCCCGACACCCCGCAGGAGCCCGCACCAGAGGUGCCCGCUGAGGACAGCCCUGUGGUGCCUGGCACGGCUGCCUGGCACCCGGCACCCGACGGGGAGCACAGCCCCCAGGAGUCCCCUGCACCCCUGAGCCCUACCACGCCCUGCCCGGAGCCAGCGAGGUCCCCAGAGAGCGGGUCCCCCUCUCCCAUAUCGGCUGGGUCCCCACCCUCUUCCUUCAGCUCCUCCGACGAGGAGCUGGAGGAAGAGCUGCUGGGGAUCAUGCCCGGGCGGGCGCCUGCCAGUGCCACCUGUGGUGCCCUGGACUGGUCCGUCUUCGACAAGGACCACGACCUUUACCCGCGAGGAGGCUCCUCGCACUUCGAGUUCCCGGACUAUUGCACGCCCGAGGUGACGGAGAUGAUAGCAGGGGACUGGCUCAUGUCCAGCAUCUCGGACUUGGUCUUUACCUACUGAGUCCCACGCUCUGCAGGUAACGCUCAUUUUUAUUUUCACCCGCAAUCAGGUCAUAUCAAAAAACAACCCAGGAAAAACAAACAAACAAACCGAAACCAGCUGUUUACAUGCAGGAAUCAGGUAUUUUGCCUUGAAGCUGCUGGAAGGCAGAGCCCCUGCUCCCCCCACCCCCUGGCACACACCCAUUCUCCAUCCGUCUGUCUGUCCGAC